AAUGGGAGGUCAACAAGGCAUGAUGCCGGGAAGGCCAGGUCAACAAGGCAUGAUGCCAGGAAUGGGAGGUCAACAAGGCAUGAUGCCAGGAAUGGGGGGUCAACAAGGCAUGAUGCCAGGAAUGGGAGGUCAACAAGGCAUGAUACCAGGUAUGAUGCCAGGAAUGAGAGGUCAGCAAGGCAUGGUGCCGGGAAUGGGGGGUCAACAAGGCAUGAUACCUGGAAUCGGAGGUCAACAAGGCAUGAUGCCAGGAAUGGGGGGCCAACAAAGCAUGAUGCCAGGAAUGGGAGGCCAACAAAGCAUGAUGCCCGGAAUGGGAGGCCAACAAAGCAUGAUGCCAGGAAUGGGAGGUCAACAAGUCAUGAUGCCAGGAAUGGGAGGUCAGCAGGGAAUUAG